AUGGUGGUUAAAGUGUAUGGACCUGAAUAUGCUUCAAGUAAGCGUGUAAUUGUUACCCUUAUUGAGAAAGAGAUUGAAUUUGAGGUUGUUGAUGUCGAUGCCUUUAAGGGCGAAAACAAAAGCCUGGAUUAUCUCAAGUUGCAGCCUUUUGGGCUUCUUCCUGCCAUCCAAGAUGGAGACUACACUUUAUUCGAAUCCAGGGCAAUAAUCAGGUACUAUGCAGAAAAGUACAAGUCUCGAGGAACUGAGCUAUUUGGAAAGUGUUACCUCCUCUUUCCGUUUCAUCAACAAUGGUUAGAAGUGGAAGCACACAAUUUUAACCCUCCACUUAACACUUUAGUGAUUCAUACAAUUUUCAGCUCCAAACUAGGAAUCACACCAGAUCAAAAAGUCAUUCAAGAGAAUGAGGUGAAACUGGGAAAAGUUCUGGAUAUCUAUGAAGAAAGGUUGUCGACGAACAAAUACCUGGCUGGAGAUUUCUUCAGUCUGGCUGAUCUUAGCCACCUCCAACUUGGUCAUUACUUGCUGAAUGGUGCUGGGAAAGAGUACAUGAUAAGGGACAGAAAACAUGUGAGUGCAUGGUGGGAUGUUAUCAGUAAUAGGCCAUCUUGGAAGAAAGUUCUUCAACUCUUUCCUUAUCUAAAUUGA